AUGCCGGAUGUACUCGGCAGAAUUCAGUCACGUUAUAUGAAAUCGUUUCCGGGUGGUGUUGGUGGCGGUGCUCAUGCUGUUGCCGAUGCGGCCGAUUGCAAUAAUGGUUGGACUAAAACUCGGUUGUGGUGCUGUUUUCAUUCGGCUACUGUUAAGAAUCAAGCCCGGUUUGAUUUCCAAAUGCCCGGGGAAAAGAAAACUGAACGAGGAAUUUGA